GGUCUGAAACUACAACAGCUGCAGAGAUGUCACUUCUUCAUUUCGCGUUAAUAUGUUCAUAGUUUAAAACAUGUGGGCGUUUAAAGCGAAUUUGGCAUUUUCUGUGCUGUUUGUCGUGUUUGGUGCUGCGCUUGGAUUCCUGGGGAAUAGAGAUACAUUUCGGCGGAAGGUCUCUGUAGAGCUGAAUCCCGGUCUGACUCCUCCGUCGGUUCUUCCUCCCGGAGUGGGUCUGGUUCAUGUGCGAGGACUGGGGCUCAAUGACACGCUGCACUUCUUGCUGUGUAAUCAUGGAGCUCCAGCACUGCUGAUGGUUCACACGAACAGCACACAGUCAGCAGUGCAGGUGGACUGGCCCUCCUUCAUCAACCGCAGUUCAUCAGGCAGCCUGAGGGUGGAGCCGCAGAGCAGUGUGCGGUACAGCAGCGCACUAGUGUUCACCAGAGUGUGGGAGUAUGAUGAUGUUAAUAACACCGCCGACCCACAGCAGGCCGCAGAGUCCAGCUUUUACCCUCCAUACGAGCUCCAGAACUUCAUCUGGUCCGACCUGAACGAAACCGUCAACCAAUCGGAUCUCACGGUAAAGCUGUGCGGCGGAGAGAAAACAGAGAGUUUCCUCAACGGCUCUCUCUGUCUGCAGUUCUCAGCGUUUGAAUCGGAGGGUCGUGAUAAAGCCUGGCCGAGUCUCCAUCAUAACGCCAACUCCUCGCAGCUGCACGUGUGGCUGGAAGGCGUGACGCCGCGAGGAAACCGCUCCAGAUUCGCUCUGGAGUUUCAGUCUGUAGGCGACUCUGGAUUCCAGGGACGAGUGGAUGUCCACAGCUCCAUAGACGAUGAGUACACACCCUCCAUCUUCAAGGUGUCUCAGUGGGUGUCGUUUCCGGAGAACAGCAGCGGUGUGUGGGGUUAUAAUCAGUGGAAGCCCGUGGCGUAUCGUAAAGCCGAGCCGGUGUUUGAGGACACCACACCAUGCAAACACUCCCAGCUCGUGUCCAUGAAGCGCAUCCCUCAGUCCGGUCUGGUUCAGGCGUAUUUCACAGAGGAUCCUCAGACGUACGGCCUGAACAUCAGCUUCGGCAUCGAUAAAGACCCAGUGCUUUACAGUGACACCAAAUACAUCAGCUGGACUGUUUUAGUGGGCAUGGGCGAGCCUCCGGCCGACUCGUUCUCCACGUUAAUCAUUAUCAUCAUAGCCGUUGGACUUGGCACUCCUCUGGUCAUCAUUAUCGUGGGUGGAGGGUUUGUUUGGAUCCGCAAGAGGAGGUCGCACUCGUCGGGCUACGAGCCAAUCAUCUGAUACCUUACGGUACAAGCCCCGCCCCCGAUGCACACACCUGGUUACCAUUAGAAACAUGUUACUGACGAUUAGAUGAGCGAGUUAAAUACUACUGACCAAUUACACUAACAAACUCUCUCUGGAUGGGUUUGGAUUUAAUUGAACCGUUAUACCUGGCAUAAAAGUGCAAAGGAGUUAUUAUUUGAUUUUACGCCAUCAUUUUGCAUACUUGAUUGAAUUGGCCAGAUUGAUGACAGCUGUGCACAUUUUAAAGAUUUAAAACAUUAUUUUCUCUUUAAUCCUGAUGCAAAUGCUUUCAUAUUUCAUCGAAGCCGCACUGCUGGAGGCUCUCAGGGAUUCUCACUGCAAUUAGUUUUGAUGUUUUUAACAUAAUC